GGAGAAUUGAAAGGGGGAGAGAGAGAAAGAGAGAGAGUGAGAGAAAGAGAGUUGUAUAUUUGGUGCGCUCUGGAGUGUGCUCUGUACAGUAGACUGUUCAUCAAAUUCUUGGAUACUCCAUUGGCGGUAAGAGAACUGGCCACCAUGAGCCUCAGAGUGAGUGUGUUAUUAUUGGCUGUCGCCAUGGUGUCAGUCAUGGGGCAGAGAAGACGCACCAGCACAAGCACAAGCACAUCAACAAGCAACAAUGAAUGGAACUACCGUGAUGGCUCAGAGAAGGUGAAUAUGCGGGGUGUGUCCAACCUCACCGAGAUUCUAGACAACUGGAGAUUUGAUAUCCUGAAGGAGAUGAAGAGUCUUCUGUUGAAUGAUCACCAGUCUCUGCUGCCUGACUAUGCCAGAAUUCAGCCACUGUCUGAGGCUUUGGAUGACCUCUACAAAGAGUUCAACGCCUUGAAGGCACAUCUCGGGGAUCUGACCGAGAAGUUUGGACCCAUUGAGACCUUCAUCGAUGAGCAGAAGGCUGAGAGGGCAUCGGGCGGUGCCACUCGGGCCAAUGUCCCUCAGGCCGACCCAGCUGUGGCCAACCCGGCGCCGGCCCCGAGGCCCCCUCGCCGAAGGAUUGUCAAGCAGAAGCCGUCCUCCUGAACCACUCCACCAACAUAACAGUGCUGGCACUCUGCGUCUGUUCAGAGGAAACCGCCAUGGUUGAUUCAUGCAAAAUUUCCUUGUGCUUCUCUUAAAUUUAGUCAUUUUUCUGCAUGUUGCUAGGAAGCAGCUACUACACAGUCUACUGUGCCGGCCAUGGAGGGAGACCAGCAGAAAGGCUGUGGUCUAUGAGGGAAAUGGUUGAGGCAGCUGAGGUUAGGGAACAGGAGGAGAAAGUCCUUUUUUAUACGUUAUAAUCAAUGGUGCUUUUCAUAGUUCACAUCCUCUUUGGCAGACCGGCUGGUGGACAGUUUAGUUAAGUGGAAACAGCCUAUCAUUGUGUAAUGUAUUGAAAAUGUGAUAGAAUUAACUAGAUAGUAAAACCAUAACAUAACAUGUAGACAUAUGAUGUAAAUGUUUAUUUUGUAGUUUUCCUUUUACAAUAAAAUGAUACGGCUGACCAAUGUUUCCCCCGGAUAUAACCAUAACCUCUUUGAAUGGCAUUGUGUAAGUAAUGCAAUGCGAUUGCUAUAUGCUUUACAAAUUAACGUACAUGACUCUGUAAGAGUUUAAUAGUGCCUUAUCUUUCAUGGCUCAUAUUAGCUGCUUCAUUUCUCUAUGUUUAUACUGCUGUGAAGUGUCAGCAAAAAAUAAACCAUAAUCUGACGCACAUAUUUUUAAAAAACU